CAGGCUAAAAGGCUGAAUUCUUCUGUUGUAUUUGCUGCUCAUGUGAAGAACCUUUUUUGGAGGACAAGAUGGCAGAUAUUAUGGCAAACCUGAAAACAUUUCAGCCAGAUUAUGGGACAGGGACAAAUGAGCUUGUGGUGCGUCUGAAAGGCCGUGCCAAAGGCCUGACCAUAAAUGCCUGUGCCCAUGCACUGUUCUUCUGCAAAUUGCUCCAGGCCACCAGGUAUUCCAGGCAGAAAGAGGAGAAAAGUAAGGAUGAGACUGCUUGCGCCCAGGACAACCAAAGCCUGAAGAUUGGGAUUAUUGGUGGAGGCCAUAUUGGGAAACAGCUUGCUAGGAUAUUGUUACAGUUGAGCGGCAUUUCAGAAAAGAACAUCCAGAUCUCUACAAGGCGGCCAGAAACGCUAU